AUGGAGGACGAGGCGGAGGCGGAGGACGAGGCGGAGAAGUGGGCGAGGUCGUUCCGGUCGACGUCGGAGCUGGUGUACAUGUUGGUGCGAGAGCCGAAUCCGAAACACACGAGUUUGUUUGUGUGCAUUUUCGACCAAGUGAUGUCGCUGAACACGCUGCUGAACCACUUCAUUGAGGCGGCGGAGGGGAGCAAGAAGGGAAAGGCGCUGACGAACGACAUGGCGCUGCAGGUGCUGCGGACGAUGGACAUGUUGCUGGGGUACGGGCCGAGGAUAUACUUCGACAAGGAGGCGAGGGAGCUGGCGGAGAGGGUGCUGUCGAAGCUGGAGAAGUGGCGGACGAGGACGAAGCAGCUGGAGUCGCUGGCGAGUCGGGUGGAGCAGCUGUUGAAGAGUUUGGACAAGAACCCGCUGCCUCGCGAAAUGUCGAAAAAGGUGGAGCGAAUUUGGCAGACGAUACCGAUCGGCGUGACGGUGUUCGACUACCCGCCCGGGGCGCUGCUGUUCAGCGAGGACGCGAUGACGCUGGCGAAGCAGAUCACGGCGAUCGACUUCGAGACGUACAGGAUGGUGGAGGUGGAGGAGCUGAAGAACCAGAGUUGGAACAAGACGUCGAGGUUUUGUGUGGCGAGGCACGUGUUGAAGCUGAUUCAGCGCUCGAACCGCCUGUCAUUUUGGGUGGCGACAAUCGUCUUGCUGCAGCCGAGGAAGAAGGACCGCGUGAAGGCGCUGGCGGCGCUGAUCAAGGUGGCUUGGAGUUUGAAGGAGAUAAGGAACUACAACUCGAUGCUGAGCGUGGUGGCGGGGAUGAACCUGAUUUGCAUUUCUCGACUUCGUCGCACGUUCGCCCAGCUGAGCAAGCGCCACCUCGACAUGUUCGAGGAGCUGAAGAACCUUUCGAACCCGAUGCUGUCCUUCAAGGCGCUUCGCGCGCUGAUGAACCAGGACGCCGCUCGUCGCGACGCCGUGUGCAAGCUGCCCCCGAUCGGUCUGAGCCUGUCCGAAAUUGCCAUGACCGAGGAGGGCAACGACGACGUGCUCGCCGUCGAGAGCCAGUCGGGCAAGGGCAGCGGGGAAAAGACCUUCUUGAUCAACAUGGGGAAGUGGGAGCUGUUGUACAACUGCAUUUGUACCGCGCUGAUGCACCAGUCCGCGGACUGGCGCAUCAGCGAGAUCGACCCGCCUUACAGUUGCCUUUUCAGCCUCCCCACCCUGUCCGAGGAAAUUCUGUAUCAGCUCUCUCUCGCGCGCGAGCCCGGCCGUCCGUGA